AGCAACGCUUCUCUGCGGUCCAGCCAAGGGGGGGUCUUAGGUUGGCGGCUAUGGGCACUGGGGGAGGGUGGCUUUUGCUGCCGCCGCUGCUGCCAGCGACCUGUCCUCGGGGUCCUGCGUGAGGUCCGGCUGGCCCGGACUUGCCUCUGAGGUGGGAUGGACCGGCUGCCGGACCAAGUCCCCUGCAGUUGGCAGGAGUAUGGGGCGGAGUGAUGCGCGCUCGGGCGCCCAGUGUCGUUCUAGUUGUCAGAGACAUCACUUCGGACCGUGCGCUGCCGGUGGCUGCGUUCCUGAGCCGGGAGCCCCUUUUCCGGGGUUGGAACUGCGCUGCGCGGCUAGCGGGAGGUUCCCAAGGACGGAGUCGAAAGGUCAUAUCUUACCUGUCAGUGCUGUGUGACAGCAUCCCGACGGCACCUGCAGAGCCUGAACUAGAUCCGUAAUGCCUCCUGUCUGGCUCUUUCAAGAUGGAGGAUAAACCUGUGGGAGAGCCGAUGCAAGUGGUGUCUAAAUUCAAACUUUCCAACAAGGUAGAGAGCACAGGACACUGGUUGGUGGAAGAUCAUGCUCGGAUAUGGGAAGUUUUAAAGACAGAGGAGAGCUCGAUUCAGGACUGGGGUGAAGAGGUAGAGGAAGGCGCUGUGUACCAUGUCACCCUCAAAAGAGUCCAGAUUCAACAGGCUGCCAAUAAAGGAGCAAGAUGGCUAGGGGUUGAAGGGGACCAGCUGCCUCCAGGACAUACAGUCAGUCAGUAUGAAACCUGUAAGAUCAGGACCAUCAAAGCCGGCACCUUGGAGAAGCUGGUGGAGAACCUGCUGACGGCUUUUGGAGACAAUGACUUUACCUAUAUCAGCAUCUUCCUGUCAACGUACAGAGGCUUUGCCUCCACUAAAGAGGUGCUCGAACUGCUGCUGGACAGGUAUGGAAACCUGACAAGCCCAAACUGUGAAGAAGAUGGAAGCCCAAGUUCAUCAGAGUCUAAGACGGUGAUCAGGAAUGCCAUCGCCUCCAUCCUGAGGGCCUGGCUUGACCAGUGUGCAGAGGACUUCCGGGAGCCCCCUCACUUCCCUUGCUUACAGAAACUGCUGGAUUAUCUCAAACGGAUGAUGCCAGGCUCUGAUCCAGAGAGAAGGGCACAAAAUCUUCUUGAGCAGUUUCACAAGCAAGAAGUGGAAACUGACAAUGGGUUUCCUAGCACCAUCUUCUUCAGCCUGGAAGAGGAAGAGGAACUGGAAGGUGGAGGGCCUGCAGAAUUCACGUGCUUCCCAGAGGAUCUCGUGGCAGAGCAGCUGACCUAUAUGGAUGCACAACUAUUCAAGAAAGUAGUGCCUCACCACUGCCUGGGCUGCAUUUGGUCUCGAAGGGAUAAGAAGGAAAACAAACAUUUGGCUCCUACGAUCCGUGCUACCAUCUCUCAGUUUAACACGCUCACCAAAUGCGUUGUCAGUACCAUCCUGGGGGGCAAAGAACUCAAAACUCAGCAGAGAGCCAAAGUCAUUGAGAAGUGGAUUAACAUUGCUCAUGAAUGUAGGAUCCUGAAGAAUUUUUCCUCCUUGAGGGCCAUCAUUUCUGCGCUGCAGUCCAAUUCCAUCUAUAGGUUAAAAAAGACCUGGGCCGCCGUCCCCAAGGACCGGAUGCUGAUGUUUGAAGAACUUUCAGAUAUCUUCUCCGACCAUAACAACCAUUUGACCAGCCGGGAACUUCUGAUGAAGGAAGGAACCUCAAAGUUUGCAAACCUGGACAGCAGUGUGAAAGAAAACCAGAAGCGGACCCAGAGGAGGCUUCAGCUCCAGAAGGAUAUGGGUGUGAUGCAGGGGACUGUGCCCUACCUGGGCACCUUCCUGACUGACCUCACCAUGCUCGACACUGCUCUUCAGGACUAUAUUGAGGGUGGACUGAUAAACUUUGAGAAAAGGAGAAGGGAAUUUGAAGUGAUUGCUCAAAUAAAGCUCUUGCAAUCUGCCUGCAACAGCUAUUGUAUGACACCAGACCCAAAGUUCAUCCAGUGGUUCCAGAGGCAGCAGCUCCUAACAGAGGAGGAGAGCUACGCCCUGUCCUGUGAGAUCGAAGCAGCUGCUGAUGCCGGCGCCACGUCGCCCAAGCCUCGGAAGAGCAUGGUGAAGAGGCUCAGCCUACUGUUUCUGGGGUCGGACAUCAUUACCAGUAGCACUCCCACCAAAGAGCAGCCCAAGUCCACUGCCAGUGGGAGCUCUGGCGAAAGCAUGGACUCUGUCAGUGUGUCAUCCUGCGAGUCAAACCACUCAGAGGCUGAGGAGGGCUCUAUCACGCCCAUGGACACACCUGAUGAGCCUCAAAAAAAGCUCUCUGAGUCUUCCUCAUCAUGUUCCUCUAUCCAUUCCAUGGACACAACUUCCUCAGGGAUGUCGUCCUUAAUGAACCCCCUCUCUUCCCCUCCAUCCUGCAACAACAACCCUAAAAUCCACAAGCGCUCCGUCUCUGUGACAUCCAUUACCUCGACAGUGCUGCCUCCUGUUUACAACCAACAGAAUGAAGACACCUGCAUAAUCCGCAUCAGUGUCGAGGACAACAACGGGAACAUGUACAAGAGCAUCAUGUUGACAAGCCAGGACAAAACCCCUGCCGUGAUCCAGAGGGCAAUGCUGAAGCACAAUCUGGACUCAGACCCAGCCGAGGAGUAUGAGCUGGUGCAGGUCAUCUCGGAGGGCAAAGAACUCGUGAUCCCGGACUCGGCCAACGUCUUUUAUGCCAUGAACAGCCAAGUGAACUUUGACUUCAUUUUGCGCAAAAAGAACUCCAUGGAAGAACAAGUGAAAUUGCGUAGCCGGACCAGCUUGACACUGCCCAGGACAGCUAAACGGGGCUGCUGGAACAACAGGCACAGCAAAAUCACCCUCUGAACAGAGGGACCGGUGGCCCCUCACUAGCCAAACGCAGAGCGGGGCUGAGAGCAGGCCGUGGUGAUUGCAACGACCAUCCAGUGUUAGAGGAUCAUUGGUGAAGUCAACAGAUACUUACUGAGUACCUAUGGUGUGCAAGGCACCAAGAUAGGCAUUGUGGGAAAAUCGGGGGUGAGUUUGACAAGGAAUGGAUGAAUGUUUCACUGAUUCUCUUUGACCUAUCUGAGACUGAAAUGCAAAAUUAUCCACUUUUAUAAAUAUAUAUAUAUGUAUACACAUGUUAGGGAUGUAUGUGUAUAUAUAUAUAAAUAUAUGAGGGACUUAUGGGAUAUUCUGGACUAUGGAAAAAGGAAUUUGCACAAUGGCCUGGGAUGUUGAGGUCACUUUUUACAGGGAAAUAAAAAGAACUGAAAACCGAGUCUCCUACCUUCCAAAUAAAUGGAAUCAAUCCUAGGAAUACAGAGUGUCCUUUGUGCCAGUAUUAUAAGAAGUCCAACCACGUUUAUAAAGGGGAAGAAUUCCCUUCUCCAUCAAGUGCCACCAGAACACCUGCGCUGCAGAGGCCGGAACGGCCACGGCUGAAUGAAAGGCCACUUCCGAAAGGGUUUGGAUGAGCCAGUGGGCUUUCGACCUCUGCCCGCAUCUGCCACUUUCUGCGACCCCAGGGAGGGAGGGCGACGAGGAGCUUCGGAGGCCCAUCUGACCCGCCGGUCCAGCCAUCGUGACACCUCUGGAGUCAACACAAGCCCAUUUUGAUUUCUGGCAUUGUGUUUCUGUUCCCCCGGCCCCCGCAACGAACAGACCACAAUCAUUAUGGCGCAAGUAGCCACGCUCUUUGGUAGCUUCUCAGCCGGAAAAGAAAGCACAAAAGAAUGGUGACUCGUUUGGACUCUUAGCUGUCUCGGAAUGCCACUACUUCGUUGCCAUUUCUGAUCGCCGCCUUUUGCAUGUAAAACUGUAUGUCUGGAGUCUGUUGCCAUCUGGAUCCUAGUACCUUUCUGUUACGUGCAAUUUGUUCCUCAGGUGUAGAAAUUCCUACUGCAAUGGACUCUGUUGGAUCAUUUUGAGCCUGUGAAAGCUUUCUGAACAGCGAGCGCUCUGUCAGUAGCCCCUUGGAAGAUGUUUCCUGCUCAUAGCAGCGUCCUGUUUUACUUACUAACUUCUAUAGCAUUACUGUGCCUAGUCACGGGGAAAGAAAUGGGGCUACGUAUAUCAUCUAAAUCUUUUCUAAUGAGGUACAUUUCUUCCAGAUGGAAUCAAUAACAUUUUUUUUUUCAGGUCCCCACACUUGCUGUCACAGUGUUACUGUUAAAUGACAUUUUUGUCUCUAGGAACACCAUCACCCUCUCCCUUCCAAAUCUGAGCUGUGCUGGGGUUUGAACUAAAAAGCCAUAAUGUGGGAUAUCGACAUGUGUAAGAAGCACUUUCAGAAUGUCCUUUUUAAGAAAAAAAAAUUCUCAAAAUACCAGUUUUUAUUCCAAAAAUAAAAAGAACCAACCCAGAUACGAAGUAUAGAUUGUAACAUGAAGCUUUUUUUCUUCCUUUUUCCUAAUCCUGUUAAGACAGCUCCCCAAGGUUAUGUGAGAUUUAUGUCAUGUAAAUAGCCAUAUGAAAUCUGCAAGAAACACCAGGGAAAGUUUAGAGAUGUGUGGCAGUGGACCAAAGAAUGAGCCAGGAAGGCCUCGCAUUUCCUUUAGGUCUUUCUAGGAGGUCAGACGGUGCAUUAGAAGACGGACUGGGUUUCAGCUGGUCAAAAAGCACUUUCUUCAGUUUGCAAGGCUCGUCCGAUUUGUACUUUUGUGCUUGGAGGAGAGAUGGCCAGGGUGCUAGACAUCAUGGAGAUUGAAGUAAAUGUAUCCUCAGCCUGAAUUUCUUGGUUUGCGGGUCGCAAAAUAUAGGACCCUUGGCCUGGUUUAGGGUGUGGCUGCAAAGACCUAGGUGUUGCGCCUAUGUGCUCGCCCUGUGUAUUGUACUGUAUAUGUAGAGUCUAGAUUUAUAUACUGCAAUGUAAAAAAUAUAUAUAUAUAUAUAUUUUCCUUUUUUAAAGACAGUGGAAAUUCCACGUAGAUAAAACAUAGCCUCAUUUAUUUAAUGCCACUUUCAAUGUCUUAAAUUUGUUUCCUGGUGGACAGCUGGGUAAUGCUUUUAGCUGCUGGCAUGCUUGUCUUUCUGCAUCUCCAUCAUCUGUUUACCUUUUGGUUAAACUAAUAAACUGGUUUGGGACUUGGUUGGCAUGUGCUGCCGGACCCAAAGGGA